UUUUCUUGUUCUAGUGAUGGGGCAGAGUGAUUUCCGGACUGGCAGCAGCAGCAGCAGCAGUGUGUGGCCACAGAGUGAGCUCAGACUGAAUGAGGAUUCAUCAGGCCUGGACUACAUGUUGGCUCUCAGCCUCCAGAGUGAUGUAGCAUCGAGGGCUGGAGGCGUAGAGGGAAACCUGUGGAGUGGAAUCUGGGACCACAAGAUUGGGAAGACUUCUAACUCUUCUGUAAACUCUUCACUCUCUCCGCCCAACAACAACUACCCAAACUUCACCACAAGCACGAGUACAAGCACGAGUACAAGCACGAGUACAAGCACGAGUACAAGCACGAGUACAAGCACGAGUGCCGUCCAGGAACAUGACCAAGCAGAUACCAUGCUUCCUUGUGAGUUUUGCGAAGAACUGUUUCCCGAAGAGGACCUAAUUUUGCAUCAGACUGGAUGCAGCCCCGCCUCCGCCUUUGCAUCUUACAGCAAGCAGCCCUUGUCUCCACCCAAAGAGGACCGGAUGAGCAGGAAUGCUCCAGGGCUGAUGCACAACGUCCCUGACACGCUCGCUUCAAAUAUCCCCACUUUCCCUCGGUCAGUGUCCCCGGCCUCCUACAGUCCUCCAGCCAGUCCUCUAGAGGGCGAUGUGGUCAUUCCAUGUGAAUUCUGUGGCGUUGCUCUGGAGGAGGCUGUCGUCUUCCACCACCAGGACAAAUGUGAUAUGCGUCCUCAGGCGGCUCACCCUCUGAAUAAUCUCACAAAAGCAUCGGUCAAAAAACCACUGAGCCCGACCAACGAUGCCUUUGGUCAGAUGUCUUCCGAUUUUCAAAGGAGAAUGAAUCCCCAAGCCGACUUCUCGGAUGUGAACUUUGGAUGCGACAGAGAGACACCAGGACUCAACCCAAUGGACUGGCAGAGAGGUUACAUUGGACUACCGAGUCAACGGAAGACGUCCAACAGCGACGCUUCUGUAAAGAACCGACCUCAGCCGGGCAUGGAAGCAGAGGGAGCUCAUUCUUCUGUCUGUGACGCCGAGACGUCCGGCGCUCCAGCUCUAAAGGGAGUACAUCUACCAGAAAAUAAAGAAGGCAGAGGGAACAGAAGAAAUUCUUUGACAAAGUUGCCCAAGAAGCAGAAUGAAGAGCAGCAGGAAGAGUGAGAGCAGGUGGAGAAAAACAAAACCCAAAUCUGCUCGGCUUUCAUUUAUCCUCUUGCACACGUAUGAAAACAAAACGUAUACCUAUCUGAUAAGUGCCUGUGUGAGUAUUAGUUAUCUUGCAAUUUAUAUUUUAAUGAUUUUUACUUUAAAAGUCUAGGUAAUUUGGUUUAAUAACACAUAUUCUGCUUUACUUUUCAAAUGUUUGUAUGUCUAACAUCCAGCCUUAAAAGAUAAAUUCUCAAAUUAAUUUUAUUUGCGCUGAGUUUGAUUUGGUUUUUAAAUCCUCUUGUACUGUAUAAGUCGUGUCCUUGCUCCUUAGGGAACGUUGAGAACAUCAGACACAUGACUUGUCGGUGUGCAUUUGUCUCACUUAAUCUCACCUUGUUAUGUCAGCCAAGGACAUUUUGUUUUCACCCCUGUUUGCCAGUUCUUUCAGGGUCCUUCAGUGUUCCUGUUGGGUUCUUAAUCUGUAUGUAACCUAAAGCACUUUGAUAGAUUAUUUUGUUAAAAAGGGCUUAAGGAACAGAUUUCAUAAGUGUAUGCAUCUUUGAACAUGAAAAAAAAGAACCCUGUAUUAUUGAUCAUUUGUCUUUUUUAUACUGUUAAACAUUUGUCUUUAAUACUCUUCAGUAAUAUUUUGAUUUUUUUUAAAUCAUAACUGUAGAACUAUAUAUGUGGUGUUACAAUGAGGUGGUUCCUGAAGCUGUGGCUCCUGUCCAAUCUUCUUUGAAGUAGAAUGACAAAUAUUGUGUGCAGCACCUCUGCAUAGGAUUUAAGAUUAAGAUUUAUUUUGUGUGUAACAUAGGGUCCACUUCAGCAAUACAUACAGGAUGGGCAACCUUGUGCCACAGGUGGUUGAGACCUUGUGACUAAAGACAGAUCCAGAGAGUUUUCCUGAUUAACGUCUGAUAAUCAACCUCAACUGUUGAGGAGCAAGUAAUCAGUGCAAUCUCCUGCUAUGGUGUUAGGUUUGACGAGGUUCUCACGCCACAUGGCUGACUAUUCCUUUUUAAGAAAACUGUCUUGAUGCUCUUUGUCUUGUAUGGCUAUUAAAUGUGUAAUGAGGAGA